AUGCAGACUAAGCAAGCUCUAUAUCUAACAGGACUAGCAGUCCUUCAUCUCUUGUUUACAGUCUCUACCGCAGAUGAGAUGUUGGAAUCUGACUACCUUUUCAAGUUCAUAAGAGCUGUUGAUCCUCAAAACUGUGUCAAGAUAAGCUUGAACGGAUUGUUUCUGCCACGCCCAUGUAACUUGAAGGGUGUUAAGUGCAAUCUGCAACGAACCUCGAUAACAGAAAUCAGACUAGAAAGCUUGAAUCUUAGUGGCAGGAUUGAUGCAGAUUCCUUAUGCAAGCUCCAUGGCCUGAAAGUUCUUAGCCUAGCAAAUAAUCUCAUCCACGGAAGUAUUCCUAAUUCAUUAUCAGAUUGCCGAAAGUUAACCUAUCUGAACCUCAGCAGAAAUCUCUUGAGUGGGACAGUGCCUGUGGAGCUAUCAAAGUUGAAACACCUCAGGAGAUUGGAUAUCUCCAAGAAUUGUUUUUCGUGCAUCCUCCCAUCAUUCAACAAAGAGUUUAAGCAUGUAAAAAAGCAUUCAAUGAAUCCAAAGGGUUUACAGAUGAGUAGCAUCAGAAACUUGGUGGAACAAACAGAUUCAGUGUCACCACCAGCAGAGGCUCCUAAGAGUUCUUCUCCGUCUGGAAAGUCCAAAUGGUCGACAAAUUGGAUCAUUUUCUUGCUGUUGGUUCUUGGAAUUGGACUGUUCAUGUUGUUUAUAUGUUCACUGAGCAAGAAAACUGCUAAAUUAGCCAAAGAGAGGGAGAUUCUAAAGGCUCUUCAGGCCUCUCCUCUGAGAGUUUCUCCAAUCAAGGAUAUAGAGGAAAUGAAGCUGGAGGGAAAGAAAUCGGAUCUUGUAUUCUUUGUUGAAGAGAUUGAGAGGUUCACGUUUGAUGAUCUCAUCGAGGGCACAGCUGAUUUGCAGGGUGAGAGUAUUUGCAGCAGCCUUUACAAAGAACCACUAAUAAGUGAAUAUGGAAUUUCAAGAUUCCUAGACCCAAAAAAGGUUCUUCCUUUUGCAUCUAAUGGCUAUACAGCUCCGGAGAAACUUCCAAGCGAACAAGGAGAUGUUUAUAGUUUUGGUGUCAUCCUACUCGAGCUGCUAACAGGAAAAACAGUCGAGAAAACUGGAAUAGACCUCCCUAAAUGGGUUAAGGCUGUGGUGAAGGAAGAAUGGACUGGAGAAGUUUUCGACAAGGAAGUGAAUAUAGCUGCAAGGCAAUGGAUGGCUUUCCCUUUGCUCAAUAUCUCCCUUAAAUGCGUGUCACAUUCGCCUCAAGACCGGCCAACCAUGGAAGAAGUUGCGGAGAUGUUAGAGGAGAUAGUGAAUGCACAAGAAGAUCGUUCUUUUUCAUCGAUGUCUUCUUUCACUUCCAGUCAAUUCGAUUCUUGUUUGCUCAACAAUGUCAUUCCAGAGACAUGGGACACUCCUGCAUCAAACUAUUGA